UCUCGAAACGCGUUUAGCCCCCUUUUUUGUCAUCGACGGCCGAUAGUCCACGUGCCCUUGUAAAAUCUAGCUAUCAAUUUACAAGUGCCAACUACCGAACAACGUCGUACUUACCGUACCAAAAUCGAAUACAAUAAGCUUAUACCACCUUGACACUGGCAAAAUAGUCCCACCAAUGGGACUGAGGCCAUUUAAUUUUAAAAAUCUAAUCUAAGUACAGUACUAGUACUUAUUGUACUGCUAUUUGUAAAAGUAGUAAUGGAUCAUGAAUCGUCUGUUAAUAUGUACAUAUGUUUUACAGAUAUAAAACAAAAACAAUACGAAAUCGAAUGAAGGUCUCACUUCUGUCCACUUGCUUGUACAAUAAUACUAGCAAAUUUAAUAGUGUUAAUGGUGUUUACAAAUAGUUUACGAUGGAGUCGCCAGCGUUACAGGGCACUGAAAGUAUUACCGUGAAGGCUGAGCCCGGUGAGGAUGCGUGUAUGACGGAUUUAUCAACGAUCGCAGUGUCUGUGAAAGUGGAGCAUUUGCUGGACGAUGUGUGCGUCAAGGACGAACCUAGAUCUGAUGGUGUGUGUAUAAACAGUGAGCCAUCGUACUCAGAAGUGAGUGUAAAAGAGGAGUCAGCCAGCGCGCGCGCGGCGGCGGAGCUGUACGCCGGCCACGCGGUGAAGGACGAGCUCGUGCUCGGCCCCGAGCUAGUGGAGCGCCGCGGCACGCGACACGCAUCAGCGGUGUCAAAUGGGGCGAUCAAAGAGCAACAGUCUUGUGAGAUUGUCCCCAGGGGACCCUUCCUAAGGGACUGCAGUGUGCGGUUGAAUCGUCUUGACAUGGACAAGCUUCUCACCCACAUUCGGAGUACAGACCGGGACAACGAGUCAGCGUCAAAUGGGGCGAUCAAAGAGCAGCAGUUGAGUGAGAUUGUCCCCAGGGGACCCUUCCUAAGGGACUGCAGUGUGCGGUUGAAUCGUCUUGACAUGGACAAGCUUCUCACCCACAUUCGGAGUACAGACCGGGACAACGAGUCAGGGCAAACUCCACAGAAAAUAUCAAGUGGCGGAGCCGAAACCUACAGAUGUGCUCACUGUAAAUAUACGACGGUUCAGAAACUACGCUUAAUUAGGCAUUUGAGUAAACACACCAGUGAGAGGCCGCACAGUUGUGACCAGUGUAACUAUACUUGCAGCUCAAAAAGUUGUUUGAAAAUUCAUUAUAAGAAACACACCGGGAAAAAGUCAUAUAAGUGUAACCAGUGCAACUACGCUAGUAGCCGGAAAGAUCAUUUGCUAUAUCAUGUAAGGAGACACACUGGUGAAAAGCCAUAUAAAUGUGAUCAGUGUGACUACGCUAGUAGCCAGAAAAUUUCAUUGCAAGUUCAUGUAAGGACACACACUGGCGAAAAGCCAUAUAAAUGCAACCAGUGCAACUACGCUAGUAGCCGGAAAAAUCAUUUGUUACAUCAUGUAAGGACACACACUGGGGAAAAGCCAUAUAAAUGCAACCAGUGCAACUACGCUAGCAGCAAUAAACAUGAUUUAAAAGUUCAUGUAAGGGCACACACUGGGGAAAAGCCAUAUAAAUGUAACCAGUGCAACUACGCUAGUAGCCAGAAAAAUCAUUUGUUACAUCAUGUAAGGACACACACUGGGGAAAAGCCAUAUAAAUGCAACCAGUGCAACUACGCUAGCAACUACAAACAAGAUUUAAAAGUUCAUGUCAGGGCACACACUGGGGAAAAGCCAUAUAAAUGCAAGCAGUGUAACUACGCGAGUAGCCACAACCAUAGUUUGCAACGUCAUGUAAGGACACACACUGGGAAAAAGCCAUAUAAAUGUGAUCAGUGUGACUACGCUAGUAGCCAGAAAAUUUCUUUGCAAGCUCAUGUAAAGACACACACUGGGGAAAAGCCAUAUAAAUGCAACCAGUGCAACUACGCUAGCAACUACAAACAUAAUUUAAAAGUUCAUGUAAGGGCACACACUGAGGAAAAGCCAUAUAAAUGCAACCAGUGCAACUACACUAGCAGCCAUAAAAGUUCACUGCAAGUUCAUGUAAGGACACACACUGGUGAAAAGCCAUAUAAAUGUGAUCAGUGCAACUACGCUAGCAGCCAUAAACAUGAUUUAAAAGUUCAUGUAAGGGCACACACUGGGGAAAAGCCAUAUAAAUGUAACCAGUGCAACUACGCUAGUAGCCAGAAAAAUCAUUUGUUACAUCAUGUAAGGACACACACUGGGGAAAAGCCAUAUAAAUGCAACCAGUGCAACUACGCUAGCAACUACAAACAAGAUUUAAAAGUUCAUGUCAGGGCACACACUGGGGAAAAGCCAUAUAAAUGCAAGCAGUGUAACUACGCGAGUAGCCACAACCAUAGUUUGCAACGUCAUGUAAGGACACACACUGGGGAAAAGCCAUAUAAAUGUGAUCAGUGUGACUACGCUAGUAGCCAGAAAAUUUCUUUGCAAGCUCAUGUAAAGACACACACUGGGGAAAAGCCAUAUAAAUGCAACCAGUGCAACUACGCUAGCAACUACAAACAUAAUUUAAAAGUUCAUGUAAGGGCACACACUGAGCAAAAGCCAUAUAAAUGCAACCAGUGCAACUACGCUAGCAGCCAUAAAAGUUCACUGCAAGUUCAUGUAAUGACACACACUGGUGAAAAGCCAUAUAAAUGUGAUCAGUGUGACUACGCUAGUAGCCAGAAAAGUUCAUUGAAAGUUCACGUAAGGACACAUACUGGGGAAAAGCCAUAUAAAUGCAACCAGUGCAACUACGCUAGCACCCAUAAAAGUUCACUGCAAGUUCAUGUAAGGACACACACUGGGGAAAAGCUAUAUAAAUGCUAGCAGUGUAACUACGCGAGUAGCCACAAACAUAGUUUGCAAUGUCAUGUAAGGACACACACUGGGGAUAAGCCAUAUAAAUGCAACCAGUGCAACUGCGCUAGCAGCCAAAAAAGUUAAUUACUAGAUAUCAGUCAAGUGCGCGCAUGCGACCCGAACGCACCUAUUCAGAUAAACUUAUAUUUGUUACCUGGUUCACCCAGUGGUUCUCAAACUUUCAUUUAACGACGAACUUGCUACACUUUAAACUUAACCAUGGAAUGUGCCUUGUGCAAUGUAUAUCACUGAUGGAGCCCAGUGUGCGAAAUGAAAGAUGUCUAUAGGCUUUUGUUGUGCGGACACCACGGAGCAAAGCUAUAGGACACUUAGAGCUGACCGAAAGGCAGCCUGGAAUUGCCCGCAACGCAAAAGAGAGGCAUUAGCAACUGCUGAACCUAAGGACACAGAUACCAUUUUAAGUGAAAUUCGUGAGCUGAGAAAAUAGCUGGCUUGCCUACCUGGCUUAGUCAGAGAUCUCGCUGCAGUAAAAACGGAAUUAUCGGAAGUGAAAAACUCUUGCAACUUCACGAGCAGCAAGGUGGACGAAUUUUCUGCGCGUUUCGCCGAAAUGGAGAAGAAGCUACCAGAAUUUGAAGCCUUGAACUCAAAAGUCCAAUCACUUAGCAAUGAAGUAUCAUUUUUAAAAGAAGAACUGGCCCGUAGUGACCAAUUAAUGCGUCUCAAUAACGUGGAAAUUAAAGGUGUUCCUAUGAAAAAGAACUUCAAAGAAGCUAAAACUCUAAAAGUGCUUUAUUGUUCGUUAGUCAGGAGCAAGCUGGAGUAUGCCUCUCAGAUAUGGAACCCACGCUAUGCUACCUACAUCCAAAGGCUUGAACGUAUUCAGCGUAAAUUCGUUAAAUUGCUCCUAUGCUUCAAAAUAAAAUCACCCUAUAGCUCCUCUAAUUAUCUAGCUACUUGUAAAAAACAAUACUUCAAAAGCGUCGGGAAAUACUUAAUAUUUAUUGCAUACCCGUUGUAAACGGGUUGUAUACGCGUUGCUUUGGUUUAGAAAUAUAAAAAAUAAUUGUAUGAACAAUAUCAAUGGAAUUACCGUAAAUUGACUUCCAGUAACCUAUUGAUACUGGAUAGGAAUAGAGACCAUUAAAAAAAACUAACGCAACGGUGCGAGCAUCAAACGGGUAUGGAAUGGAACGCCGUCGACACGUUCAGUGGGCAAGGUAGACCAUAUCGCGUAAGUCAUGGUAUGGUACGAUCUAGUGGGCAUAGACCUUCAAUCUCAAUCUGUCCUUCAGCAAGACGACGGCCGACAGAAAGCGUGCAACGUGGUACUUUGAAGCCUAUUUUGACCAACACAAGGAUUAUAUUUCACUAAGUCAUUUGACAGUAGAUAAGAGAAAACACUCUUGCAAGCACAAUAGUUAUUUGACAGUUCACAUGAGUAUGAGUAAACAGUAUGAUGAAAAGCCUUGCCAGGCUGGCAGGGACGGUCGCGUGAUAAACGAUAUCAGGCCGUCCUUUUGGCACUGUCUGUAAGUGCAAUAGGGACACACCGAUGCCAUAAAGUUUAUCCCACUAGUGUGCUACGCAGGACCUACCUAUCUGUCGUUUGGAAUAUCGUGUCCGGAAUCCGGAAGUGAAGUGUUAUGUGGACAAAAAAUGUGCGCUGCCAGUGGGUGUGUCAGAGGCGCGGGAUGCGGCAUAGCGAACUUAUCAACGACACUGUAAAGCCCUCUGCCUCACAUCGGUUACUUUAUUCACAUUUAUAGUCGUAUAAAUCAUAUAUUGUCAUAAAGGAGUGAUUUAUAGGCAUGCCAGAAAUGUAUAAAAGAACAUUUGUAAAUAUUGUGAUAAAUUAAGUAAACAACAUACUAAUAAUGCUUUUUUUAUUCUGAUAUAUCGCGAAAUAGAAUGGGCCCUCGCAACAAAUCAUAUCGGGGUAAUGCAGCCGGAGGAUAUGAAUAAAAGUCAAUAUGAUAUUUAGAUAUUUUAAUAUGAAAACUGUCUAUAGUAUUUUAAGGAACCCUUUGUUUCAGAGGUCAAAAAAGGCGAUGGACAUUUUACUAAUAUUUUUAUUACGCUUAACAUUUACACAUAGAGCUUCACAUGAGUCGAGUCAUGAAACUUAUAGGAGUUUUUAAAAGCCUUAAC